AUGCCGUCCAUGUCCAAAUUCGUGCAGAAGACCGUGCUCGGACUGUCUUUGUUGGCAGCCUUGGUGCAGGCCAGACCUUCGGCUAAUCUCAACUUCAACUAUGGUUCCGAAAAGGUCCGCGGUGUCAACCUAGGUGGUUGGCUUGUGUUGGAGCCUUGGAUUACGCCAUCUAUUUUCGACGCCGUUGGGGAUUCUGCCGUUGAUGAGUGGUCUCUUUGUCAGAUUCUAGGGGCGGAUGAAUGCCGCUCUGUCCUCUCUCAGCACUGGCGCAGUUUUAUCACCGCGGAGGACUUGAACCAAAUCGCCAGGGCUGGAAUGAACCAUGUUAGAAUCCCUGUGGGUUACUGGGCUCUCAGGCAUUUGAAUGGUGAUCCAUAUGUCGACGGUCAGCUGGAGUUCCUUGAUCAAGCCAUCGGCUGGGCCCGCUCUGCUGGGCUGAAGGUUAUGCUUGACUUGCACGGAGCUCCUGGCUCUCAGAAUGGCUUUGACAACAGUGGAAAGCGCGGUAGUGUUCAGUGGCAGCAGGGUGAUACAGUUGAAAACACCAAGGAAGCACUUAAGGCGUUGGCUGCGCGCUACCAAGGUGACGGAGACGUUGUGACUGCGAUCGAGGCAUUGAACGAGCCCAGUAUCCCUGCUGGUGUUAAUCGGGCUGGUCUGGAGCAGUACUACUACGACUCAUGGGGCGUCAUUCGUGAGGCAAGCCAGGAUACUACACUUGUCAUUCACGACGGGUUCAUGCCCACUGAAUCCUGGAACGGUUUCAUGAGCCAGUCCUCCGGUGUUUGGUUUGUGAUGAUGGACACUCACCACUAUGAAGUGUUUGACAAUGGUAUUCUUACCGCAGACACCAAUGGCCACAUCAGCAACGUCUGCAGCUUUGCCAAUGACCAUGUUAAGACUUCCGAUAAAUGGACUGUUGUGGGUGAAUGGACCGGUGCUAUGACUGAUUGCGCCAGGCACCUGAAUGGAAAGGGUGUUGGUGCUCGCUAUGACGGUACGUUCCCUGGUAGCCAGGCGAUCGGCAGCUGCGCGGGCAAGUCUACUGGAUCUGUGGGCGCUAUGUCGGAGACUGAUCGAGCCAACACCCGUCGCUUCAUUGAAGGCCAGCUCGACGCCUAUGAGAAGGGUACUGGCUGGAUCUACUGGACCUGGAAGACUGAGGGUGCUCCCGAAUGGGAUAUGCAAGAGCAAAUCGUUGCCGGUGUCUUCCCCAGCCCUGUUACUAGCCGUCAAUACCCCAGUCAGUGCUAA